AUGAACAGGAAGCUCAGUUCUAAGUCUGGGAGCGGGGCUAGGGGUUUCAGUGGACACGCUGCGACCACCACCAUCACUUCCAGUGGCAACAGAGCGGGUUUCAGUUCGGCUUCUUUGUCUCGCGUUGGGAGAAGAAGCGGAGGGUACGGUGGUGGUUUUGGCAGCAGAAGCCUCCAUAGCCUGGGCGGAAACAAAAGCACUUCCAUCCGCAUAGGGGGUGGAGGCUUCCGGAGCGUGGGGCUUGGAUUCGGUGGUGCUGGUUGUGGUGGUGGUGGUGGAUUUGGUGGCAGUAGUGGAUUUGUCUCUAGUGGGUAUGUCAGUGGAGGAUACGGGGUUGGUGGGGGAUACGGUGGCAGCGGGCUUGGUGGUGGAGGCAGAGCAGGCCCUGUUUUGUCUCCUGGCGGCAUCCAGCAAGUCACCAUCAACCCCAAUCUCCUGGCGCCCCUCAACAUCGAAAUUGACCCGGAGGUCCAGAAAGUGAAAGUGCAGGAAAGGGAGCAGAUCAAGACCCUCAACAACGAAUUUGCAUCGUUCAUCGACAAGGUUCGAUUCCUGGAGCAGCACAAUAAGGUGCUGGAGACCAAAUGGGACCUCUUGCAGCAGCAGGACACCACAAUCACUAAGAUCCCUAUCGACCCCCUUUUUGAAACAUAUAUCAACAGCCUGAGGCGGCACCUAGAUAGCCUAGUAACUGACAGAGGUCGGCUAGAUGGAGAGCUGAGGGUCGUGCAGGAUCCUGUGGAAGAUUUCAGAAAGAAAUUUGAAGAGGAAAUCCACAGGCGCACAUCUGCAGAAAAUGAAUUUGUGGUGCUCAAAAAGGAAGUGGAUGCUGCCUACAUGAAAAAAGUGGAGCUUCAAGCAAAGGUGGAUUCCCUCAUUGAUGAGAUAAACUUCCUGCGAGCUGUCUAUGAAGCGGAACUAGCUCAGGUGCAAGGACAGAUCAGAGACACCAACGUCAUCCUGCAAAUGGACAACAACCGAGAUUUGGACCUGAACAGCAUCAUUGCCGAGGUCAAAGCUCAGUAUGAAGACAUUGCUAACAGGAGCCGGGCUGAGGCGGAGGCUUGGUACCAAAGUAGGUAUCAAGAGCUUCAGGUCACAGCCACGACACAUGGUGAAGACCUGAAGGUCACCAGGAAUGAGAUCUCUGAAGUGAGUCGGGUGAUCCAGAGGCUGAAAGCUGAAUUAGAUAGUGUGAAAAAACAGAUUGCAGGGCUGCAAACGGCCAUUGCCGAUGCUGAGCAACGCGGGGAGCUGGCCCUCAAAGAUGCCCAGGGUAAGCUUGCUGAUCUUCAGAACGCCCUUCAGACCACCAAGGAUGAACUGGCUCGUUUGCUGCGUGAUUAUCAGGAGCUGAUGAACGUCAAGCUGGCCCUGGAUAUUGAGAUUGCCACCUACAGGAAACUGCUGGAGGGAGAAGAAUGCAGGAUGUCUGGAGAAUAUGCUGAUCCUGUGAGCAUCUCUGUGGUCAACAGCACCACGAGCGUAGCUGGCAGCGGUGGCGGAGUUGGAAGCAGAUAUGUCCUUGGUGGAGGAGGUGGAGGUUGUGGAAGUGGCCUCAGUCUUGGUAGUGGAGGAGGCAGUUUCGGCCUUGGAAUUGGCAGUGGGAGUGGUUUUGGAAUUGGUGGCAAAAGUGGGAUCAGUGUUGGCGGAAGUGGGAUUGGUUUAGGAGGAAGCGGUUUUGGCUAUGGAGGGGGGGGUCACUUCGGGAGGGGGAAGCAGCUCUAG